CUCCCGCACAUGUAUCUCAUAAUAUAUUAAUAAUAUACUUGAUAUUACGCUCAUUAACACAUAUGUUAAUUAUAUAUUGCCAUAUAAUUUAUAUUUUAUAUAUAUAUCACAUAUACAUAAUAUUUUAAAAUGAAACUCAUUUGUUCCCCAAAAAAUUGACUUCCGCGAUUUAUGAAGAACCUUUGUUAUUUAUAAAAAUAUAACUGAUAUAAUGUUAUAAAUAUAGAUUAAAUUUGUAUAAAUUGAGUAAGAUCUAAUUUAAUUGAAAUAUUAAACUACAAGCUCUGAAAAUUUACUUCUGGGAAUCGGCGGGUGCGAUAAUAUAUAUAUAUAUAUAUAAUCAUUAUAUCAUCACGACAAUUCUAAUCGAUGACAUUUAAUUGUCAUUUAUCACAUCGCAGCGCAGUUCCAAAUGCAUUCUGUAAUAUGCUGUAAUACGCUGUUGUAAUAUAGAUUAAUUAAGUUUUGUACCACUGAGUAUUGAAAUGUACAAUUCUUUUACUGAAUGUCUAACAUCUUCGCAAUCGCGCAAACGCGAUACAACAAUAUUAAGAAAUUUCGUCAAUCAAAAAAAAAGAAGAGAAAUAAAUUCAAAUAUGCAUACAUGAUGACGACAUUUGUCCUUUUGCAAUUUUUUCUCAAACUUUGUACAUUUUAUACGUCUUACACUUGUACAAAAUAAUUCUUUUGAGAUGAGCGGAUUGAUUUAACCUGAGUUUUUAAUUUGAGUUUAGUAAAAACAUUGUAUCGUUUCUAAUUCAGUAAUCCACUGUGUCUAUCACCUCUUUACUUAAUGCAGCUUUAUAUUAUAUUGAUCUCUGUUUUUAAAUCUAUUUUAAUCUUGUAAAAUGAUUUUUCUUGUACUACUCUUCCACUAUCCGCGUUGUUCACAUAGAGCGAAAAGCAGGGAGAACGCACUAUAUUUUCGUUCUGCGUUAUCAAAGAAUAAGAUUAGAAUAAGAGGAAGCUUAAACAUAAGAGAGAGCGUCUUGAUGACUUCAUAAUGGAGAAUCAAUUGUGUAUAUUUGUGUGUUUAUACGAAACUGUUACACAUACAAAGUGUAUACAUAACACGUAAAAAACAUAAACAAGUGUUUUCUUUUUCGCGAGAUGUAAUUAGUUCAAGAGAAACGUAUCUAAUAAACGAAAUCGAGACUCAGCAAGUGAUAAGAAAUAUCGCUCGACACAUCACCCACACAGAACGGAUGUCCCCCAACCGGACACGUUGUUCUAACGAGAGAUAGAAGUGCGGAAAGAUUCUAACGUGCUGCGGCUCUUUCAGUGCAUCGUCAGAUAUCGUCUCUAAUUUGUUUCACUAGAAAAAAAAACUUUUUUAUGAAUCUUAUAGUCUCUUAGGUGGUGUUUUAAAUAAUAAACUUUAACAAAAUGAAAAAUGUGUCAGUUUAUACUUAUUGUAAAAUUAAUUAUGACUUUCUUCGAGUCGACGAGAGUCAUUUCAUUUGUCGCGCAGUCGAUAAUUACGGCGUUUAAUUCAUUAUGUCCCUUCAAGCGCAAUUUUUCAAGUACGGCUCGUGCUGCAUAGUGUUAUACUUUCUCGUUUGUAUACUUUUAAUUAAAACGAGAAGAAGCAAUGUAGGAGAAACGGCAGGCGCGGUGACGACGAUCAUCAAGUAUCAACCGAAAACUGUUCAUUUUCCGACUUUAGACAGGAUAGUUAAGAAGAAUGUCGAGUCGGAGAUUAACAUGUUGCGGAUGGACGAAUUGAAGGGUGGAACUAUCGACUUGCAGAAGAGCGCGGCUCUGCUCCAACAGGUAUCGAACGUCUGCGCGAAAUACAAGCUGAGCACUCCUCUCAUCAAAAGGCAUUUUUUAUACAAUGCCAAGCACAAGUCGCUGUAUUGUUGGAUCCGCAAAGUCGCGUCCACCAGUUUCACCAAAUUGUUUUCCGACAUGAGCAACCGUGGAGUCGAACAUAAUUUUUACAAAGAAGUAGACAUCCUGUCCCUGGGAAGAUUGGAAGAUCUGCAGUAUUUUGCUAACAACAAUACUGUUUUCAAAUUGCUCGUUGUCAGACAUCCGUUUCAACGACUGGUCUCGUCGUAUAGAGACCGCAUCGAAGACAAUAGCAAAUACACCGCGCAAUCCUGGCUCUACGCUCGCGAAAUUCUUCGUCUCUCAAGACCGGAACUCUUCAGUUUCAACGCGUCGGGCGGCAACAUCCUGCAAAGGCUAUUCUUGGUGGACAGAAGGUUGAAAGUAGUACCCAGCUUCCGAGAAUUCCUGGAAUGGUUGCUGAAACAACCGUCGGAUCGCAAUGACGUCCACUGGGCCCCAUAUCACACUCACUGCGCAGUCUGCAACGUGAGAUACAACUUCAUCCUGAAACUGGACGAAUACACGUUCGGGGAAGUAAAUUAUAUCCUAUCGAAGCUGAGAUUAGAUAAGGAUAAGACCUACCUACCUAGACUGCAGCGUGCUCGCACCGGGGCCACUAACUCUGAUAUAACGUGCAAAUACUUUCACGAUCUGACAACCGACAUGGUCCUGCGAUUGUACAAUAGGUACAAAAUGGACUUCGAGAUGUACAACUAUAAACUGGAUAAGUAUUUGCGCUGUGCCAAGAAUAAAAAAUUGACUCUGACCACGCAAAAGAAUGGAGCAGCAAUAAGAAAUACCUAAUUGAAAAGCGAUAAAAAAAUUUUUUCACAAACGACUACGUUCUUUGAAAAUAUAUUUUAAUUUACUUUUUAUGGACAAGUACCUCUAAAUAAAGGAAACACAAAUUCCCUUAGGAAGAUUA